GAGAGUGAGUGAAGAUAAUUCCACUAAACGUUUAGAAGUGAAAACAGCAAUAAGAAGCAGUAAUACAGGAAGAAAUUGUGAAUCCCCAAGCUCUCCGAACGAAGUAACCAUGAGACAUCCUAGAAAAGAGCGUCGAAAGACUGAGAUGCAAAUAUACCGUCCUGGUAUGGGAUUUAAUAAUAAGAAUGCCAGAUCUGAUAUUUGCAUUAACAAACCAGAGGAGGAAGCUCUGGCUCAAAUAAGAAGUGCUGUAUCUCUUUCUUCAAGCGUUGAUGGUUUUGAAAAUAUAAAUGUAAAGGAAAGUCGGAAACGUGGCAUGCAAAUAUAUCGCCCAGGAAUGGGACUGCAAAAUAAGAAUGCCAAGAGUGAUGAUUAUAAUGACAAAUGUGAUAAGCAAGUUUUUGUUUCAGUAAGAAAUAAUUUUGCUGAUUCUUCAUCAAACAUUGAUGGUUUUGAGAGUCUGACUAUAAAAGAGAGUUAUACUGAUGAGUCAAAAUGCAGCAAAAUUGAAAAUUCUAAUUGUAACAAAGUUUCAAAAAAUGUUAGGAAUAGGCGGCCAGAUAUUCAGGUGUAUACUCCCAAACCUAAAAUUGUUGCUCAACUUGGAGAAAAAAAUGUGGUUUCUCAAAAAAAUGGUAUGUUUUUAUCUCAAAGUAAUAAAGAAGAAAGAGAAAUGUCUUUGAAAGCAUUAGCAAAGAAAAAAUCAAAUCAGGUUGAGAAUGUAAAAAAUUAUAAAUAUGAAAAUGACAAAGACCAUUCUAUUGGAAAAGAAUCAGUAUCUAGAUCAUCUAGCAAACAUUUUUCCACUAAGCAUUCAGAUUCCAAUUCUCCACAGCCUACAGGUUCUUGGGCAGAUCUUGUUGAAGACUCUGAUAUGUCUAAUUCUAGAUCAACACCUGAUGAUAGGUUAUGUAAUGCGCAUAAUGAUGAUUCUAUAGAUGUACAUUUAUCUGGAAUAAAAACAAGCAAUCAAAAAGUUGAAAAAAGUGGUAAAUCAAAACAGAAGGAUAAUAAAGACGAAGCAAGUAAGAAGCACAGGAGUAGAAGAAAUUCUCAUAGGACUGAUUCUCAUGCUACCCAUGAUGAAACUAAUGAACCAGGUAAAAUAGAUGCUGAUACUCACAAGAGCAAAUCUAGUACUCAGGAAGUUUUCUCAAACUUUGAAGAUAAAGGUAAAAGAAAUCGAAACAUGUCAGGUAGCUUACAUAAUGAUCAUACAAAAGGACAAAAUUUUGACUUGCAUACUUCUGAAAGGGGGAAAGAUAACACUAAAAGGUGUUCUAAUGGCUCUGUGCUUGCUGUAAAAGAUAAUAGUUGUAUAGUAGAAUGCAACCAAAUUAAACCUGUUACAGUGGAGAGUAAAACAAAAUCUGAUAAAAAGAAGAGGGAAAAAGUUGAGCAGUCUGUUCCACCACGAUUCCAAAAGAAUAAAGCCCACAGUUCUGAUAACCAGCAAAAUGUAUCUCCAGAGAAGUGCACGGCUUCUGGACCAAAUGGAGGAGGUGGUAUAUUAAAAUUACCAUCAGAAUAUGAAAAAACUGAUAUUCACCCAGAAACUCUUGAAAACAGUUUGUAUGUGCCAAAGUUCUCAGAGCCUCAAACCUUUAUUCAUAAACAAUUAUUUGAUCCUAACAAUCCCAGUAAACCGGAAAUAGUAAACAUUCCAGCACCUAUACCACCUGCACAUAUGUCAUAUGCAAAUAUGGCCCCAAAAUAUUAUACAACAGAGUCUGCAAACUAUCCAUCUUAUGUUCCAGCAACUGUUCAAAAUCUAGGCUACAUUCCUCCUCCUCAGCCUGCUGUAAUGAGUCAUCAGUAUCAUUUUUUACCACCAGAUUUACCAGCUAAUAACAUGCACAGUACCUUUUCUAGUAUCAGAAAUGGCAUGCAAGGACCCGUGCAUUGUCCAGUUCCAGAUGCAAGAUUAACUGCAGCAUUUACAAGACCACCUGUUUGUUAUAAUGACUUACCACCAAUGGGACAUGAGCAAGGGAAGAAAAGGUUAAAACCUAUAGUAGAGAAGAAUUUGCAUGAUAUUGUUGUCUUGGAAAGGGAAUUAGCAUCUUUGAUAUCUAAAGGAGUUUGUAACACCAAUGUUAAUGCUCUCAGGCAGUGCAGGUGGAAACUUCAGUUAAGAUAUGAGAAUAUUAUACUUGCUGAUCCAAAGUAUUGUGCUGAAAGAAAUCCUGAACAAAGUCUUUGGAAGACAGCAUUCUAUCAAAUAAUUGAAUCUCUUAGAAAAAGACUGGAAGAAGAUCCAGAUCAUGUGGAGGAAGCAAAAGAAAAUCUGUUAAAUAUAAUUCUUGAGGGGACUCUAUUUUAUGAAAAUUUGCUCGAGAAACAAGAAGAAACUUAUGGCUUUAAUUUAGCAAGACUUUUAGAAAUGGAAUGUAUUAACUCUGCUUGCAUUCCUGAACAGAUUCGUGUUGUUCUCAUUAGCACACAAAAAAUUUUGAUUUAUUUAGGUGACCUCGCUCGAUAUAAAGAGCAAGUCUGCCAGACAUCAAACUUUGGAAAAGCUAGAAGUUGGUAUUUGAAAGCACAGCAGAUAGCUCCUAAGAAUGGCAGACCCUACCACCAGCUAGCUCUUCUUGCUUUUAAUACUCGAAGAAAACUUGAUGCAGUUUAUUACUAUAUGCGAAGUUUAGCAGCAAGCAAUCCCUUCCUUUCAGCUAAGGAAAGUUUACUUUCCUUAUUUGAAGAAGCAAAGAGAAAAUAUGAGCAGUAUGAGAAGAAGAGACUUCAGCAGAAUGCACCUAAUAUGGAAAUUCUUGAUGAUGAUGUAGAUGAGCGCUGUGAAGUGUGGAUCAAACCUGAUGGCUCUAGUAGUCAGCAGCCGGCAGAAAUGGAUAAAAAUAUUGAUUCAUCUGAUGUAAAAAAUUUGUCAGAUGUUGAGUUGAAUAAGAGAUUUGUUACAAGUUUUUUGCAUGUACAUGGGAAACUUUUUACCAAAGUUGGGAUGGAAACAUUUCCUGAAGUUUUGAACAACAUGUUGAAAGAAUUUUAUUUCUUGCUGCAAAGAACACCUUUGCCCCUUACUUCAUCCCGUCUUCUUCAGUUACUAGCAAUAAAUAUAUUUUCGGUUGCUAAUUCGUCUCUAAAAGAAAGUGGACGGGAGUUUGGUGGAACUUCAGUCUUACAAGAGCAGGCUCUUUAUACAAGUAUGGUUAUGAUGUUUUUAUUAAUGGAGCGUUGCCAUUUUCUCCAUAUCGCUCACAAAUCUUCUCCAGAAUAUUCCAGUCAUAUCAUUAGUGAUGAUCUAGCUCAAUUGUUGCCUUCGGUAAAAAUAUGGACAGAUUGGAUGUCAUGCCAGAAAAGUUUGUGGCCACCUCCUCCUGCCCACAUCUUGGAAAAACUGAAUGUGGGGUUCAACAAAAAUGUGUGGGUGUGUUUUGCAGAACUUCUUACUGCUCUUCGAGAAAUAGAUAUCAGUAGCCCCGAGAUCUUGAAUGAAAGGACUGAAGAUUCUGAGCCCAUCAUUUUGGAAGAAGACAGUGCAUUUGCGGGCUUUGUUCCACUUCUUGAAGCACUUCGUGAUCCAGCAUAUGCAGUACAACCAUUUGAUAAGGAUAGGGCAAAACAUUGCUUAAGAAUAAGUAGAAUACAAUUUUUUGGUGAUUAUCUGUGUGGUAUAUCUCCCCCUCACAUGGAGUUUGAUAUUGAGCGCAAAAAAUUUGUAUCUCUGGUCAGUCAUAUAUACUCUGAAGAACAUUAUGAAAGAUCUGUUAUGAGGAAUUCUGUUGAUGAAUUGCAUAGAGAAGAUGAUUUAGAUGAUGAUUUAUCUGGUGAAACUUUCCAUGGAAUCUCAGAAAGUAAUGAGCUUCAGAUGCUUUGGUCUAGAAAAGAGGCAUUAAGCAGAGCAAAAAUGCAACAAGAGAAAUAUAGAGCUCAGGUCCAAGCUGUGCUACAGAAACAUCAAAAUCAGCGACCUAUAGUACUUAAAAUUAAGCCUAGGUACUUAAUUCCUGAUACUAAUUGCUUCAUUGAUCAUCUUCGGCUCUUUCGAAACAUUUUGGCAUCAACAGAUUUCCAUCUAAUUAUACCACUAGUUGUGAUAAAUGAGUUAGAUGGUUUAGCCAGAGGAACUAGAGUUAAUGAGCACACAUCUCCUGAGCAUGCAAGUAGAGUUACCGUACUUUCUCGUGAAGCCAUACAUUUCCUUGAAGAACAGUUUGCUUUGAGGCAUCCCCGAUUAAAGGCAAUCACAUCUGAAGGAUCUGUUUUACAUACUAUAAGUUUUAGAAGUGAAGAGAUGGGGAAAAAUAAGGGGACAAAUGAUGACUUAAUAUUAACAUGUUGUUUGUAUUAUUGUAAAGACAGAGCUGAAUUGUUUAUGCCAAAAAACCCUGGAGAUCCUAUCAGUCUAUUUAGAGAAGUUGUUUUAUUGACAGAUGAUCGUAAUUUACGAGUAAAGGCCCUAGCACAUCAUGUACCUGUCAGAGAUCUGCUUUCUUUCCUUCAGUGGGCCAACUCUUGAAGGAUCCCUUACUUUAUCUGAAGAGAGCUGUUCUUAAUUUAGCUCCAUUUGAGGAGCUGAGCCACCGUGGAGGUAGCCGUUGAGAGGCAGCAAUAGCCAUUGCUAUCUUGCGGUGUUGUGCCAUUCACUAAUGAGGUCAGCUGUGUGGAGCCAGGCAGUACAAAUUUUAAAGAAAUGCUUGACUACAUUUUUUAUAUCAUAUCAUGUACUUCAGUUUAAGUGGAGGAUCUUAGUACUUUUUCAGCAGGAAUAUUAAAAGCAACUUCUACCUGUGACUGAAUUUUUUUAAGAUAUUGAUCAUAUAUCAAUGACAUUCCUUUUUUGUUAAUUUAAUUUUUGUAUUAAAGGAUUUUUUUUUUUUUUUCUUCAUAACAUAAUAGUGAAAGUUGUUAUGUAUGCAAUUAUAGGCUUGCAGUACUUGUAUCUUAUAUGUUUGUUUCUUUUCUUUUUUAUUAUUAAAACGUUUAUGUUAGGCAAAAUUUAAAAUAUUUAAUUACCUUUAUUAUAUGAGUAUAAACUGAUUAUUAUUGUACUCUACUAACCAGGGCUGUGGAGUUGGUAGAGAAAAUAACCGACUCACUCCCUCAUAUAUAUAUGUAAAUAUAUACACAUGGGUUACAGCUUAUUUUUUCAAUAUAAAAGAAGUGAUAAAUGCUACAGAAAAAAAUUAUCAUAGCAAAUUAUUUAUAUUAAUUAGCAU